AAAAGCUCUCGCCAUAUGGCUGAUUAAGCCAGUGAUAAACAAGUGUCUCAUCACAUGGGCAUAUCUUAGCUACUAAUCCGUCCCAGUCCUUGUUUAUCCUGCAGUUGAACCCAGCCCAGACUUAAGUAACUUUCACUUUUCAUGUCUGUCGCGCACAGCAAAGACACAGGCUAUGAAUAAUGUAUUUUGGAUGCAUUUGAUCAAGAAUAUUGUCCAUUUCUGUUUUGCUGUAUCAGCACCAAACAAAAAGUACAAGAGAAAUUGUCCACUUAUAGGCUGUGGGUCAUGAAUGAUUUUCAAAUAGCCAUUGGAAAAGCAUGUGCCUGCUUCAGAGCUAUGCAUGUAGAACAGUAGUAGUCACAGGCAGAAUGGGUGGCACCAUAUUUGGACUUCUGGCCAGUGCAAGCAAAGAUAAACAGGCUGAUGUCUUAACGAAAAUUAAUGCAAAGGUCCACGAAGGUCUCUGUCAGCAUUGUAAGGAGGUGCUGGAAUGGCGUGUGAAAUUCAACAAAUACAAAACACUAACACAGUCUAAAAAAUGUGUAAAAUGUUUGCAGAAGACUGUAAAGGAUUCAUACCACAUUAUCUGCAAGCCAUGUGCUUGUGAACUUGAGCUGUGUGCCAAAUGUGGAAAAAGAGAAGACAUUGUGAUUCCGAUUCAAAGUGAGAAUCAGCCUUCCAAAUUGGAUGUAAGGACCGAGAAUCACUCUUCCAAAGUUGAUCCAAGGAGAAAUAACAGAAGGGGAGAAUUGGAGGAAGGCUCUGAAUUAGACCUAAGUGACACUGAAGACAAAGAUGAAGCUCUAGAUUUACUAGUGAAGCAGAUUGAAAGCCUAAACUGAAAAGAAGAGGAUAUAAUGAUUUUGCUAAAGAAAAGACUAUAUUAAUACUAUAUUAUGUUACUAACCAGAAGACUUUAUACAUAAUGGAAUCACUGCUUUUCAUCAAAUACUCUGGCAGUGUAAGUUUGACAGUGUUUGGAAGAGUCUGUAUCCUCUUUUUAACUGUGUUUUCUUACCAUUCUGAACUGAUCCUACAAAAAGAUCCUGCAGUUUAAUAAAUGUAUUUUAAAUUACAUACCUA